AUGGCAGUGCAAAGGCAAACUGCAGCCUCGAGAUCGGCUAGACCUUGGACAAGGGAGCAGCAUGGAGUUUGUGGAGGGGUUCCAACAACUACGUUCACCAAGCCAUUUAACAAGUUGGCACACACUCCUAACUUUAGAGUAUCUUCAGGGUACAUUCUCUUUGAUGGUGGGUGGGGUUUGUGGCCGUGGCCACCGCUUGGGGUGGCUGGUGGUGGAGGGCACGGAACGGACGUUGAGCUGACCAUUGUGAAGAAGAGAAUAUUGAAGAGAAGGAGAAGUGCAUUUGAAGCAACGACUUUGGAUGCCAUUUUUUUUGGGGGGGGGGGUAACUCACACAAAUGUAAAUAUGAGAAUAUGUUUUGGGUCGUGUGA